AUGAGUGCAGCUCCAACUCAAACUCCAUCAACUUAUAUUUAUAAUAAUAACAACAACAACAACAACAACAAUGGUAAUGAUAAUGAUAAUCAUAGUACUAAUGACAAAUCUGCGGGACAUUUUGCCCGAAGACGUUGGUCACAAGCACUAGCACUUGCAGAUCAACUUCGUCGUAAUACAAAACUUAAAAGAAAUGAACAAUUACGGCAAUACGCGUUUGAAAUUUCAUCAGCCGAUAGUCAUGAAUCAAGUGUUAUGGCGUCUCUUGAAGCACAAACUGAUUAUACUAAUUCAUAUCAAAUUGAACUAUUGCAGGCUAAAACUAGUACUUUCACUUUGGAUAGUUUGACUAAAAAUUUCAUUCGUUUAAAAAUAACAUUUAAUCGAAUGCUUGAUAUUAAUAAAAACGAAUUACAACAGAUAACAUUAGCAACAUCAAUAACAAAAACGGCUUUAUUAAUCCUUUUACGUUCGAUAGAAGCAAUUGUUGAAAUUAUAACAAAAGGAACAAGGAGUUUUCCAAAUUUGUCUUCUCUUAUUUCAUAUAUUCGUUCAUAUCAUAAAGAACUACCUAUACAUGGAGCACUUCUUGUUGAAUGGUAUGCAGCUGCACAUACACUAGAUUUACUUGUUGGCGAUCCUGAUUGGCUUGUACAACCACGAAAAGCUUACUGGGCUAUGCAAGUCUGUAAUGAAACAUUGGCAUGGGCACGUGUAGUUUUUAAUGAAAAUUAUCGUAACACACCUGUUGGCCGACCAAUUUUCGAUCGAGACGAUAGUUAUUGUUCUGUUGAUAUGAAAGAUCAAGACUGA